GCAGUCAAUGAGCAGCCGCCGUGCGCGCCCAGGGGCGGCCGGUUGGAGGCGGCUCCUCCUCCUCCAGCGCUCUUCGGCAGAUCCGCCCGGCUAAGGGGAGGCUGGGCAACGGGCUCGGUCGGCGGAGGCAGCAACUGGGGGUCUGCAGCCCGGCCCCAGCAUGGGCGGCGGCGGCGGCGGCGGCGGUGGCUGAGCGGCGAUGAGCCAGGGAGAGCCAUGGGCACGGCCGUCUCCAAACGCCGCUCGCUCCGCAACGAGGCCGUGGCAUCGGUGGCGGCCAAAGGCAGGGGGGCGCAAGGGGUGGGGGCGGCAAGGGCUUUUGGGGAUUAUCUUUCUCAAAACCAUCCAGAAGGCAAGAAUGGUGCAGAUCACUUGUUGGCAGAGUCCUACGUCGGUCCAGAGGACUCCCCAGAGAUCCACGUGGGUGUCCAGAACAAGCGUCGGCUGUCUCUCAUUUCUGACGGGAAGUUUCAGCCCACCUUCCCAGAGGAAGCUGGCGAGAAGCUGGCCGGCGAGGGCCCCAAGCCCCGAGUCUACACCAUUUCCAGCGAGAGGCCCAUGCUCUCGCAGCACCAGAGCGAGAGCAUGGAGCUGGUAGUCCUCAAAGGGACGGAAGAAGAAGAGGUGGACGGGGAACGGUCUUUAGGUCAACCUCUCCACAACGCCGGGAGUUCUCACAACAUCAGCCGACAAUGCAAAGGCAGUUGGCCGAGUCACCAGCAAGGCUCGAAAGAGUACCCCAGUUGUGCCCAGCUGACAGUCUCGUCUCAGCAUCCGUUUGACGUAGAACAUCACCACCAACACCACCAACACCACCUACACCAACACCACCAACACCACCAUCAUCACCAACACCACCAACAACAACACCAGCACCAUCACGAGAACCAAGCUGGUGAGACCGGCUGGCGCCGGAAGAAGCUGGAAAGAAUGUACAGCAUUGACCGUGUUUCCGAUGAGGUGCCUAUCAGGACUUGGCUACCCAAAGAGAAUCUUUUCACUUUCCAAACGGCGACAACCACUAUGCAAGCGGCGUUCAGGGGCUACGCCGAGAGGAAACGUCGAAAACGGGAGAACGAUUCGGCGGUUUUGAUCCAGAGAAACUUCCGGAAACACCUCCGUAUGGUAGGGAGCCGCCGCAUGAAGACGCAAACUUUUGCCGAGCGGCGUGAGAGAAGUUUCAGCCGGUCCUGGAGCGAUCCAACUCCCAUUAAGCCUGAAAACCUCAGUGAUUCCCGAGAAAGCCAUGAAUUUCAGGAUUCCUGCUGUGCCAUUGACAAAGGGGUCGACUUGAACUGGGAGGCGGAGAAAGAGCUGGAAGCGGCCGCCUGCAGUGGGGAGGACUUCGUCCCCCCCAAAAUCAUGCUCAUUUCCUCCAAAGUGCCCAAAGCUGAAUAUGUUCCAACAAUUAUCCGUCGCGAUGACCCAUCGAUCAUCCCCAUUCUCUACGAUCAUGAACACGCUACCUUUGAUGACAUUCUGGAGGAAAUCGAGAAAAAACUGAAUAUCUACCGGAAGGGCUGCAAAAUUUGGAAAAUGAUGAUUUUUUGCCAGGGUGGUCCAGGUCAUUUAUACCUCUUGAAGAAUAAAGUCGCCACUUUUGCCAAAGUGGAGAAGGAGGAAGACAUGAUUUACUUCUGGAAGCGGUUGGGCCAUCUGAUGAGCAAGCUGAACCCGGUUCCAAAUGUCAUCCACAUCAUGGGAUGUUACGUCUUGGGGAACCACAAUGGUGAGAAGCUGUUCCAAAACCUAAAGAAUCUUAUGAGCCCUUGUUGUGUGACCUUUGAAUCGCCUCUUGAACUUUCAGCUCAAGGAAAGGAAAUGAUUGAGACUUAUUUUGACUUCCGUCUCUACCGCGUCUGGAAAACCCGCCAGCACUCCAAGCUCCUUGAUUACGAUGACAUUUUAUGAGCGCCGUCAGGAUGGGGCACAGGAGCAAUUUCCGCAGGUAUCCCGAGCAGGCGGGCGUCGCAGAGCGGGCAAUCUUUUUUCACGGUUUGCGAGGAGGCCCAGAGAGGCGCCAAAGGAGCCGUCCGGGGCCUUCAAGAAGUCCGCCAGCAACUCGAGGCACACAAUGGGCGGAGCACGGCGGGCAAGUUGGCGGGUCUUCAGGGACCGAGGCGGCUUUAGACGGCAAGAUGCCCGCUUACCAUGACAGGUUCUUCUCAGAAGACAUUUGAAGCUCAGGUUUCGUACAGAGACUCAACCAGUUCACCUUGUUUAUCUCUACUUUGCUGUCGCGAAGGACCAAGGGCCUUCUCGGUGUGGCAGCGCUCGGAGAUGAUCGGUCAAACCUUUCGAUGCGUUUGAAGAAAGCCAGACCUUAAAAAAAAGGGGAAAAAAAUCUCAUCCAUUUUAAGAACACGCGUGAAUUCUCUCUUUCUCUCUCUCUCUCUCUCUCACACACACAUACACAUCUAUAGAAGUGCAAUUUUCUUUCCUUCUUUUUUCUUACAAACAGAGGAAAUAUUUAAUCAGCUGUGGCCGUCCCACGCACACCGAUACCUGGUAGAUGAGAUUAUUAUUAUUAUUUUUUGGAGUCUGCUUGAGAAUAUAUUUGACAUCGUAAUAGAUCUUGAUAUAUAUAUCUGUCUCUCCAUAUCUAUAUUUAUAUCUAGGGGUAGCUAGAGAUAACAACCUCUCUGCAUCUAGCUGCAAAUCUGCAAAAUCCAUGACUCUGGAUUCCAGCAAAACUCUUUCAGGGGGACACUUCAACUGUAGAAAGUCCCUGCAGGAAAGACCUCAUAUUUUUAUUUUAUUUUAUUAUUUUUCAAUUUAAGGAGCCGCUUCCUUAAUAUAGUUUGGCCAAAACGGAGUUUUGCCAGCUGUUAUCUACCGAUAGG